AUGGCACCUAUAAACAUCUUGAUCGUAGGCUGCAGUAUUGCCGGGCCAACACUAGCCACAUUCUUGCUGAUGUCGCCGGCGCCUGCGUCUGAGAAGCCGCGCAUCACCAUCUUGGAGAGAGCGCCUGUCUUUCGCCCUCAAGGCCAGAACAUCGACGUUCGAGGCGCUGGGGUGACCAUCAUCCGCAAGCUUGGACUCGAACCAGCUAUCCGGGCAGCUACCACUGGCGAAGAAGGAGUGCAGUUGGUCGACAAGGAGAAUCGAGUAUGGGCAGCUUUUGGAGCGGAUAAGAGCGGAAAGACGCAAACACCAACAAGUGAUAUCGAGAUCUUGAGAGGACGGUUGGCACAGUUGCUACUCGAACAGAGCCGGAAAGUCAAUGACGAAAUUCAGGCUGAUGGCGGCGCCGGGAUCGAGUACAUCUUUGGCGAUUCUCUUGAUGACCUAGAGCAGGAUGGAGACAAGGUACACGUCCACUUUGCCAAGAGCGGCGAAAGACGGACCUUUGACCUGGUAGUUGGAGCAGAUGGUGUGCAAAGUCGAACACGCAUUCUGACUUGGGGUGAGGCUGGCGAGGAAGACAGAAGAAGAAGGCUCGAGAUGUAUGGGGGCUUCUUCAGUAUGCCUCGUGGUCCGACUGACUCGGCAUGGCGUCGCUGGUUUCAUGCUCCUGGUCGACGUGGCAUCAUGAUCCGUCCAUCUGGUGUGGAAGAUAGAACAACGGUCUUCAUGGCCGUUGUGAAUGAGAAAGAUGAACGGCUACGGGCUGUUGCUGAGCGAAAAGGCGGAAGUACGGAUGCUCAAAAAGCCAUCCUUCGAGAGUACUUUGAGGGACUUGGCUGGGAAACUGAUCGCGUCAUCAAGGAGAUGAUCGCCACGGAUGACUUCUAUUACGAUACUGUUUGUCAGAUCAAGAUGGACAAAUGGAGCAAAGGAAGGGUUGUUCUCCUGGGUGAUGCUGGGUAUUGCGCUUCUCCUCUAUCUGGUAUGGGAACAACUUUGGCAAUGAGCGGCGCGUACAAUCUGGCGGGCGCGAUUCUACAACAUCCGAAUAAUCUCGAGACUGCCUUUGGCGACUAUGAAGAGAAAAUGCGUCCUACUGUUGCUCGCGCGCAAAAGCUGGCACCCGGCAUGCCUCACUCGCUCCAUCCCGAGACGGUCUGGGGAGUUUGGCUGUUGAACACGAUCAUGUUUGUUCUCUACUGGUCAGGGCUGUUUUCCUUCGUCGCGAGAUUCGCUGGACCACCGGCGAACAAUGUCCCGGUCGAAGAAUACGGGUUCAAGUCGCUGCCGACUUAUAAAGACUACUAG